ACGACCACGCUUAGUAAAUCCUUGGCUAUAAAUCUGCCCACUCGCGCUCUUCAACCCAAGUAACUGUCUACCUUCUCUACUCCGGUAGCUAGCUAGAUCCCCUGUCUUCCUCGGUUGCACUUGGCGUCUCGACUGCCCUUCUGAGCGUCUAUAUAUUAGCAACCUCUCAUCAUCCAAGAGCAAUUCAUCCUUCAGUUCAGGCUGACAAGCAAUUCAACAGUUUGGUACAAUGGAGGUCGUCACCGCUAGGACCGCCAUUGCCCUGCUUCUCGCGCUCCUGGUCGCCACGAGCUUCCUUUGCGACGGCGUCCAUGGCCGCCACCACCACCACCACACGAAGCGGACCAACCACAGCUCCGCGCGCCCGCCGUCCCGGGCACCGGGGCCGAGACGAGCACCUUCACCAAGGCAUGCGUCUCCGCCUGCCCCGCCGGCAAGUCCAAUGCCUGUCGCUCCCGCGCCCGCACCGGUGGACGACGACAGCGACGUCUACGACCUCAUGAAGGAUUUCGGCGCGGCCGGGGACGGCGUGACCGACGACACCGACGCGUUAAAGACAGCGUGGGACACCGCGUGCCAGGCCGACGGGGAGGGCGUCGUCGUCGCGGCCGCCGGGCACUCGUUCCUGGUGCACACCACCACCUUCACCGGACCGUGCCAGGGCAGCGUCACGCUGCAGAUCGAUGGCACGAUCGUCGCGCCGAGCGACCCCACGACAUGGCCGGCCAACAGCAAGCGCAACUGGCUAGUCUUCUACAAGGCCGACGGCGUGUCGCUGACCGGCGCCGGCCUCAUCGACGGCAAGGGGCAGAAGUGGUGGGAUCUCCCCUGCAAGCCUCACAAGGGCCAGGGAGGAAGCACGCACGGACCAUGUGACAGCCCAGUGGCGCUGAGGUUCUUCGAGAGCAACAACGUGACGGUGCAAGGGCUCAAGGUGCAGGACAGCCCCGAGUUCCACUUCCGUUUCGACAGCUGCCGCGGCGUGCACGUCAACGGCCUCUCCAUCAGCUCCCCCGCGCUGAGCCCCAACACCGACGGCAUCCAUGUCGAGAACACCCAGGACGUCCUCAUCACCAACACCGUCGUCUCCAACGGCGACGACUGCGUCUCCAUCGGCGCCGGCACCCUCAACGUCCACAUCGAGAACGUUACCUGCGGUCCCGGCCACGGCAUCAGGUUCACAAUCCAUCCAUUUCCUUCAGUAGAUCUACUAUGCGACCAGCUAGUGGCGUUAGCUGACACAGCCUCACCUCGCAGCAUCGGGAGCCUGGGGAAGCAGGGCUCGCGGGCGUGCGUGGCCAACAUCACGGUGCGGAACGCGGUGAUCCGGCACUCGGACAACGGUGUGCGGAUCAAGACGUGGCAGGGCGGCUCCGGGUCGGUGUCGGCGGUGACCUUCGAGAACGUGCGCAUGGACGCCGUGCGCAACCCCAUCAUCAUCGACCAGUACUACUGCCUCACCAAGAGCUGCGAGAACGCCACCACGGCGGUCUUCGUCUCCGACAUCACCUACGCCGGCAUCCGGGGCACCUACGACGUGCGCGGACCGCCCAUACACUUCGGCUGCAGCGACGCCGUGCCAUGCACCAACAUCACCCUCUCCGGCGUCGAGCUGCUGCCGGCCUCCGGCGACACCGUCGACAACCCAUUCUGCUGGAAUGUCUACGGCAACGCAACCACGCCCACCGUGCCGCCGGUCGCGUGCCUCAUGGAGGGCGUGCCUAGGAACGUGGAGGACAGCAGCAGUUUGAAGUGUUACUGAUGAUGAUCCACAUCCUGCCACCAUAUACCUACGUCCCUGCUUAGAGAUACAGUAAGAAUCAAAAUACAAGAGAAAGUAUAGCAUUAGAUUAGUGCAGAAAAUGUAGCUUAAGCAAAGCAUAAAUUACUCUGUAUAUAUAGAAGCAUGGAAAUUUGCAACUGUACGAGAUGAUUUGUGUGAGAAUCACCAGAAAUACUAGUACAUGUUUGAGUAUUGUGCUGCCA